AUGUCGGGGAGGAAGAAGAGGAACAGGCUGUUUCACGAAAAGUCGCCUCAAAAGAUGUACGAUGAAGCGGAGGAAAAUUUUUCUCCAGUUAAAAGUCCAUCUAGUCCAUAUCACAUGCAAAGAAAUCUUCAGGGAAGUGCACGGAAGAUAAAAGAUGCUGCAGCUGACUGGCAUAAUGGGAUUCUGAAAUGGAAUUCUUUGAACUCAGAGGGAGUGAAAAUAAUCAACAAAAUAGCCAAUAUUAAACUGGAGAGGAUGUUUGCUUGUCAGCAGAAUGAGAGUGAGGUGGCCUCUGGUGACCUUAUGUCACCUGACCUAGAGCCACUUUGUGAGGCAUUAACAGUUAUUGUUCAGUCUCAGGAAAAAAUUGUGAGGAAGAUGAAAUCCAUGAGAGUCAUGUUGGUUGGUGUGAAGAACCUUGAAGCAUUCAGAUGUGAAGGGCAAGGAGAAGGAAACACAGCAUCUCAUCCAUUAUUUCAGUCUUGGUCUAUCACAGAGUUUGAGGAGACAUUCAAAGGACUAGGUGAAAUGUAUGAGAAAGAGUUGGAACUAAAGAAGAUAAUUGGCCAGAAUGUGGCACAUGCCAAAGACAGGAAUGCUUUAAUGAUGUAUACAUCUUCAUGGCUUCAUCAGCCAUACAUUGAGGAGAGAGCAGAGAUCCUACUGGAGGGUAUGCUGAUAGAAACAGGUCACAAGUGAGGUGUACAUCAGCCAUACAUUGAGGAGAGAGCAGAGAUCCUAC